CAGAGAUACCCCAGAGAGAUGUCCCCGUCCUCUGUAUUCCCAGGAUUGUACAGAGGAGUAUCACAGGAUCCCACAGGAGGAUCAGGUAGAACGUCUUUCUCGUAUAAAGGCAGAAGAUAUAAGGAGAGAAGAAGAGACACAUGUGACUGAUAUAAAGGCAGAAGAUAUAGAUGGAGAAGAAGAGACGUAUGUGACUGAUAUGAAGGCAAAAGAUACAGCGGAAGAAGAAGAGACGUAUGUGACUGAUAUAAAGGCAGAAGAUAUAGAGGAAGAAGAAGAGACGUAUGUGACUGAUAUAAAGGCAGAAGAUACAGAGGGAGAAGAAAAGACAUAUGCGACUGAUAUGAUGACAGAAGAUACAGAGGGAGAAGAAGAGACGUAUGUGAGGGGUGAUCAGCAGUGUAAGGAGGAGGAGAUCCUUACAGAUAUCAGCACAGCAGAUGGACACACAAGCAAGAAUAUCUCAGAAGGACAUCUAAUGUUAUCCCCGGAUUGUGACAUAAAAGAUAAUGACAGUAGACAGGAUUCUCCAGGAGCUAACCCCAUUACCCCAAUUAUACAUCCAGCUCUUUCAGCUGGUACCUCUGAUCCUGGGAAAUGUUCUCCUGAUCACUCUGAUAUUGGUGCAUCUGUUACAGCUUGGAGAGUAGAUACAGUGUUUCCGUGUUCUAUAGAUGCCAAAUGUUUUACACAGAACACAAAGCUUAUUACCCAUCAGCCAGCUAAUGCAGGGGAGAGGCCAUUUCCAUGUUCUGAGUGUGGGAAAUGUUUUACAUACAAAUCAGCUCUUGUUAUACAUCAGAGAAGACACACAGGUGAGAAGCCAUUUCCAUGUUCUGACUGUGGAAAAUGUUUUGCAUGGAAAUCACAACUUGUUACACAUCAGCAAAGUCACACAGGUGAGAAACCAUUUCCAUGUUCUGAGUGUGGGAAAUGUUUUACAUGGAAAUCACAACUUGUUACACAUCAGCAAAGUCACACAGGUGAGAAACCAUUUCCAUGUUCUGAGUGUGGGAAAUGUUUUACAUGGAAAUCACAACUUGUUACACAUCAGCAAAGUCACACAGGUGAGAAGCCAUUUCCAUGCUCUGAGUGUGGGAAAUGUUUUGCACAGAAAUCAGAUCUUGUUAAACAUGAGAGAAGUCACACAGGUGAGAAGCCUUUUUCUUGCUCUGAGUGUGGGAAAUGUUUUACACAGAAAUCACAACUUGUUACACAUCAGCAAAGUCACACAGGUGAGAAUCCAUUUCCAUGCUCUGAGUGUGGGAAAGGUUUUGCACAGAAAUCAGAUCUUGAUAAACAUCAGAGAAUUCACACAGGUGAGAAGCCAUUUCCAUGCUCUGAGUGUGGGAAAUGUUUUGCACGCACAUCAGCUCUUCUUAUACAUCACAGAAGUCACACUGGUGAAAAGCCAUUUCCAUGCUCUGAGUGUGGGAAAUGUUUUGCACAGAAAUCAGAUCUUGUUAAACAUCAGAGAAGUCACACAGGUGAGAAGCCUUUUUCUUGCUCUGAGUGUGGGAAAUGUUUUACACAGAAAUUACAUCUUGUUACACAUCAGAUAAGUCACACAGGUGAGAAACCAUUUCCAUGUUCUGAGUGUGGGAAAUGUUUUACAUGGAAAUCAGAACUUGUUAUACAUCAGAGAAGUCACACAGGUGAGAAACCAUUUCCAUGCUCUGAGUGUGGGAAAUGUUUUGCAUACAAAUCAGAUCUUGUUAAACAUCAGAGAAGUCACACAGGUGAGAAGCCUUUUUCUUGCUCUGAGUGUGGGAAAUGUUUUACACGGAAAUUACAUCUUGUUACACAUCAGAUAAGUCACACAGGUGAGAAACCAUUUCCAUGUUCUGAGUGUGGGAAAUGUUUUACAUGGAAAUCAGAACUUGUUAUACAUCAGAGAAGUCACACAGGUGAGAAACCAUUUCCAUGCUCUGAGUGUGGGAAAUGUUUUGCAUACAAAUCAGAUCUUGUUAAACAUCAGAGAAGUCACACAGGCGAGAAGCCUUUUUCUUGCUCUGAGUGUGCGAAAUGUUUUACACGGAAAUCACAACUUGUUAUACAUCACAGAAGUCACACAGGUGAGAUCCCAUUUCCAUGUUCUGAGUGUGGGAAAUGUUUUGCACAAAAAUCAGAUCUUGUUAAACAUCAGAGAAUUCACACAGGUGAGAAGCCAUUUCCAUGCUCUGAGUGUGGGAAAUGUUUUGCAUACAAAUCAGAUCUUGUUAAACAUCAGAGAAGUCACACAGGUGAGAAGCCUUUUUCUUGCUCUGAGUGUGGGAAAUGUUUUACACAGAAAUCACAACUUGUUACACAUCACAGAAGUCACACAGGUGAGAAGCCAUUUUAAUCUUCUGGAGUAUACUUAUUGCCAUGCGUUGUUCUUCAAGUUUCUUAUCCUAUCUCCUAUGCUUUUUGCAAUAAUACAUGCUACCGCAGGGUGAAAUAAUCAGAUGUCAUGCCCUCAUCUACCACUGCUAUGCAGCUCUGUAUUUUGCUCUGGGUACUGAGAACCCAGUACCAAUCCUAAAUGUCUAGCUGAUCUCCAAGUGUGGGUGAUGCCAGUUGGCUGUGACUCAGUCCUGGUGAAACAGGUCCUUAUGAUAGAAGCUCACCAACAAAGGGCAGGGCUAC